AUGGCAAUGGGUCAGUUGGUUGAACUUCCUUCUACAUGUAAAUAUAUUUGGAAGAUUGAAAACUUUUCUUCGCUGUGCAACAAAGUAUCAUACUACUCUGAUAUUUUCAAUGCUGGCGGUGCUAAAUGGAAAUUACUGAUUUAUCCAAAGGGAUGCAAGAAUGUGUAUGAUCACUUGUCAUUAUUCCUUGUCCCUGUGGACUUGAGAGAUUUUCCAAUCCAUGCGGAGUUCAGUCUUGCCGUUACCAAUCAAACCAAUCCCACUGACACUAGAAAACUUGAAGUAGAAUAUCAAUUCACAACCACCCUCGGAUUUGGUUCUUCAAAAGUGCUGCCUCUUAGUAAGCUGUACGACUCCAGUGCAGGAUAUCUUGUGAACGAUGCUUGUGAGGUAAGAGUUGAGGUUACUUGUAAGGUCACGGCAAAAGCAACAGAUGAUAACGAGACUGAGAAUCCAAUUAGUAAGGUUCCAGAGGUGGAUCUUGAAAAGAAAACUAAACCAAAUGUUGAAAGUAGUUUGCAAUUCGGUGAGCAUCCUAGUGCAGGACAACCGUUUGAGGGUGAGCGAAGUAACUGUGAAGGUAAUGAACUUGGAGGUGAGUUAUAUGAAGAAAUCGGAGGCUUUAGUGUCCAGAAUAAAAAUGCUGCUUUAUAUAAGAAAAUAUGGCUGAAAUAUGGUCAUAUUCCUUCAACAAAGGUUAUCCCAGCCUCGUCAUAUUCAGUCCUUGUAAUGGCUGUUCAAAAUAUUAUGAACUCGGUUAUGGAUAUGCAUCAAUGCCGAUUUGUAGACUUGUCAUCUGAAAUGAUCAAUUUGUGGGAAGAGAAGAUAAAGAUGGCAGAGAAACUUGAAUUCAAUGUCAAUUGGCUCCGCAAACAAUUAGAGUGUGUGAAAAAGGCACUUGGUGGGAUGCAAAAAUUCAAGUCUGAACUGCAAAAGCAAGGUCAGACAUUCCUAUAUGCGAGGUCAAAGGUGAAGGCAAUUGAGGCUGUGUUAAAGACAGCAGAAAUGCAGCUGAGUGCUGCAAAAGAUGAACUGCGAGGAAAAGUAUCUGGCUUACUCUUGGAGUCAGAUACCGAAAUGUACUUCCAAAUGGGUGAAGAUUUUCUUUUUGAUGGAAUUCUGUAG